CGGGCGGGUCGAGGGAGGCGCGGGGACAAACACCAAGCUCACGGCCCCGAUUCCCGACUCCUGCGCUGUGUGGCCCCGCGUCCCCGCCCGGUGUGGCGGCGCCGGGGGACUCCUGUAACUUGCUGAUCCCACCCCUGCGCGGGCUGGGCAGAGUGCUCAACUCCGGGCUGGAGAAUCCGGAGGAUCGAUAGUGAUAGUAGGGAAGUAGAAAGUCUCCCUGCUCCCCGAGAGAGCGACUGCUUGCCAUCAAGGAAGCACAUGACAUAGAGACCAGGCUCAAUGAGGUCGAGAAGCUGCUGGAGACUGUUAUCAGCAUGCCAUGUAAGUAUUCUAGGUCAGAGGUUGUACUCACCUUCUUUGAAAGAUCGCCUCUGGAUCAGGUGUUAAAAAAUGAUAAUGUCCAUAAAAUUCAACCCAGCUUUCAAAGUCCUGUCAAAAUAUCAGAAAUCAUGAGGUCCAAUGGAUUUUGUUUGGCAAACACAGAAACAAUAGUUAUUGACCACAGCAUACCCAACGGGAAGGACCAGCUCCUGGACGCAGACUCCACUGAGCAUUUGUUUGAGAAUGGUGGCGAGUUCACCCCAGAGCUGGAGGAUGGCGAUGACCCGACAGCUUACGUCACCAACUUGUCCUAUUACCAUCUGGUUCCAUUUGAGACAGACAUUUUGGACUGAGCCUCUCCAUCAGGCCUUCUCUGCCUCAGUCCUUGACUGCAUGUCCUCAUGCUGCCCCACUGAGUGGUCCCAAGGGCCAAAGCUGCUGCUCAGCCUGGGCCUCCCAGGGUCCUGAGGUUCACCCGGCCUGGAUGUCCUGAAAGCGGAGGCUCAGGGCCUCUUGAUGUCCAUGGGCUAUCCCCGGGCUGACUCCAGCAACAGGAAGCCACAUGUCCUGCAGCCCUGAGGGGCCUCUUACUUGCACUCAGCCCCACCAGCCUGCCUCUUCUCCUGGGAGGCACUGUUCCUGUGGGCCAUGCUUCCUCUUGUUCUUACUGCCUUCUUGAGGGGAGCAUUCUCCUUGAUCACAUGCCCGGAGUUCCCAUGUUUUCCUCAUGUGUCAAAGGUGUGAAGCAUUUCAAGAGGGUAUUUGAUACGUCACCAAGGUCUGGAUCACAAGGGCAGGGGAUAUUGAGUGACUCAGGGCUUCCCUGAGACGUGUGGCUUUACAUCACCUCCCUGGAAAUGGGGUCUGGGGUCAGCUGGAAAGAGUGUUUACACAAUGUCAAGCCUAGAGGGAAGUGCUGGCUUCAGAGAGAGGAAAGCAUCCUCGGUGAUGCGCAUAUGAACCCAGUUCGAAGUUUUCCUCCCUCCUCUCUGCCAGCAUCUGAGCUCCUCUGCCAGGCUGUGAUACUGUUACCACCACCAAGGGUGCUAGAAGUUCCUUCCCCCGGUGCACUCAAUGGUAGAAUUGCCAUCAUGAAUCAGAAAGGAAGGGAUGGGAGGAAGAGACGCUUACAGCUUGGACCACAGGAAGGUCUGGGUCCUGCGAGCUCAUCUCCUCACUGUGUCUACUAACGACCAACACUUGCUAAUGUAAAUAAUAGUAAAUUAUUGAAAAUUCUAAUUCUUUUACACACUGUUUUUAAUCUAUUUUAAUUAAAUAAAACCUAUUGCUCUACUUUGA